AUGGCCAGUUUCGAGUCUACGUGGUGGUUGCGCCCGUACCAGUUCUUUCACCACCAACAGAACUGGCUGGACCUCGAGUACCAACCGUACAAGAAGCACCCCGCAGGACAGCCCUACCUGCCGGGAGAACUGCCCUCUACGCUGCAGGUAGCGACCUGGAACGUCGACAGCGCGGGACCAGAACCUGCGACGCGUCUCUUGCACCUCCUCGACACGCUCUCCUUGUACUUCCCUGCCCGACCCGGCCGAAGGCGCGAGGAUCCCCUCGCUAUCGGGCCCUCCAUUAUCUGCCUGCAGGAAGUAGCAGCGACCGCCGUACCGGCCCUCCUGGGUCACGGCUGGGUACGAGCCUACUUCACGGUCCUCGGCGCGGACCCCCAUCACUCGUGGCCUAGGGGUGCUCUCUUCGGGUCCGUUAUCUUGCUCUCGCACACCGUGCCGCUCGCGGGGGCCUACUCGUACUCGUACCACAAUAGCGGGCAGAAGCGCCGUGCUUUGAUCGCGGACGUGCUGGUCCAAGGUCCAGAUGGUGCAGAGACACUGCGCAUCGCCAAUGCUCAUCUAGAGAGCACUGCACGUGAGACGGGAACGCGCGGUGCGCAGGCGCGAGAACUUGCACAAUGGCUUCGCAUACCGGACGUUGUCGGUGGGAUCCUGGCCGGGGAUCUGAACGUCCUCAACAACGCAGACGAAGCGAACCUCGAGAUGGCCGGGUUCGCGGAUAUCUGGAACAACGAGCCGCCCGAUUUUACAUGGUGGCCGCGGAGAAGCGCCGUACGCUCUGGCCGCGAACAGAACUAUCCGCCUGGGAGGUUGGAUCGUAUCAUGACGACAGGGACGAGAGCAGUAGAGGUGAAGAGACCGUUGACGAGGGUGGGAUUGGAUGAUCGAUUGCCCAGGACUCGGGAGGAGCUGAGCGACCAUUGCGGUUUGUUUUGCGAGUUCAGGUUGAGGCCUAGGUAUAUGCAGUGA